GUGCGUGAAGCGCGUAGAGUGCAGCCAGUAGCGCCGCGGUCAGUCGGCCUGAACUGAGUGUAGUGUGAACUGUAGUGUGGCCUUCUUCCACAGUCAAGCCCGCGAUGACCUCCGCCGCGGCGCCCCUAGCGGACUGGGAGUCGGGCACGCGGCUGCCCGCGGACGUGCGGCCGCUACGCUAUGACCUGGAGCUGCGGCCGGACCUGUCGGCCGGCUCCUUCACGGGCAACGUGUCGAUCGCGGUGCGCGUGUCGGCGCCGCGGAGCUGGGUGGCGCUGCACUCGCGCGGCCUGCGCGUCUCCGGCGCCGCCCUCGCCACCGCCCCCGCAGGCGUCGCCGUGCCGCUGGAGCGCGCCUUCGAAGCCCCGCGCGCCGAGCGCUACGUGCUGGUCCCGGCGCAGCCGCUGCAGCCCGGCGACUACAGGCUCAGCCUGCACUUCGCCGGCUCGCUGGACGUCAACCUGGUCGGCUUCUACCGCAGCCGCUACACCGACAAGGACACCGGCCAACGAAGGAAUAUUGCCACUUCAAAGUUCCAGCCAACAUAUGCCAGGCAAGCAUUCCCAUGCUUUGAUGAGCCAGGCUUUAAGGCGAGGUUUUCUGUACGAAUUGUACGUCCUACUGAGGGCUACCAUGCUCUCUCCAACAUGAAUAUUGAGAGUGAACUGAAUGAUUCUCCAGAUACUGGUUUCACAACAGUCCAGUUUGCAGAGUCAGUUCCCAUGGUAACGUACCUUGCUUGCUUCAUUGUGAGUGACUUCCAGCGUCUAGCCCCUGUGCCUAUACUGAAUGCAGAUGGCACUACAUUUCCAUUUAGUGUCUACUCAAGUCCUGCCCAAGUCAGCAAGACAGCAUUUGCACUGGAAGAUGGGGUUGCAAUUACAAAAUACUAUAUCAGCUACUUUGGCAUCGGCUACCCACUGCCAAAGCUUGAUAUGGUUGCCAUUCCCGAUUAUGUGUCCGGAGCAACAGAGCAUUGGGGUGUCAUCACAUUCCGGGAGACUAACCUGUUGUAUGAUCAGUCUAUCAGCUCUGUUUCUAACAAGCAGAGAGUUGCAACAGUCAUUGCCCAUGAGCUGGCGCAUAUGUGGUUUGGAAACCUCAUGACAUUGAAAUGGUGGGAUGACUUGUGGCUGAAUGAAGGUUUUGCUACCUACAUAGAGUACAAGGGCGUCAAUGCAGCACAUUCUGAGUGGGGUAUGCUGGACCAGUUCCUUGUGGAUGACCUGCACCCUGUGUUUGUGCUGGAUGCAACUCUGAGUUCACGUCCAAUUGUGAAGGAGGUCUCUACCCCUGAUCAGAUUACUGAAAUAUUUGAUGUUAUUUCAUAUAACAAGGGGGCAGCAGUCAUCCGCAUGCUGGAAGACUUCCUUGGGUCAGAAGCUUUCCGGCUAGGCAUCUCAGCUUUUCUGAAGAAGUAUGAGUUUGACAAUGCUGUGACAUCAGACCUUUGGACAGUACUUCAAGAGCAAGUGACUGAUGACGGUAUUGAAGUAGCUUCAGUGAUGGAUACGUGGACACGUCAAAUGGGCUACCCUGUAGUUGAAGUACUUCGUGGCUUAGAGUCAGGUUCACGCUUUCUCAGCCAGAAGAGAUUUCUCUCAAACCCCAAGGCUACCUACAAUGCUAGUGACACUCCAUACGGAUAUAAGUGGGCAAUACCCAUCACUUACAUCACUUCAGACAAUCCUACGGAGACUAAGAGGGUGUGGUUGCAGCCAACAGAAACACAAAAGAAACUGGAAAUUGGUAACGCUACUUGGCUAAAGCUGAAUAGACAUGAAGUUGGCUACUAUAGAGUAAACUAUGACUAUGAAGAUUGGAAUGCUCUUAUUUCAUUAUUGAAAACUAAUACUCAGUCACUGGAUACUGCUGACAGAGCACAUUUGUUGGACGAUGCCUUCAGUCUUGCAGCUGCAGGGCAACUCAGGUAUGAAACAGCCCUGGAGCUCACACGAUAUUUAAGCAAUGAGACAAAGUAUGUGCCAUGGGUUGUUGCUACCACACACUUCACCAAGAUGUUCCACCUGCUACAGGGAUCUGAUGAAGCCCAUGGCUUACUCAAGGUUUAUUUGCAGGAACAGAUAGAAGAUGUUUAUAAUUCUCUAGCUUGGAAUGUUAAUGACACUGAUCAGCAUCUACAGAGGAGACUGCGAAUAGUGGCUCUAGAGUUAGCAUGUCUAGCAGCACUGCCAGCAUGUCUACAACAAGUGCAGGAUGAAUUCGAUGGUUGGUUAGUCCAACCAGACUACAGACCCCAUCCUGAUCUGAGAACACUUGUGUACCAUUAUGGAAUGUCAGCAAAUGGGUCAUUUGAAAGCUGGGAACAGAUGUGGCAAUUAUAUGUUGCUGAGACAGAUGCACAGGAAAGAACAAAACUACUGUAUGGGCUUGCAGGGAUCCAAAAUGAGGAGGCAAUUCGCAGGUACCUCAACUACACAAAGGAUGAGAGUUUGAUAAGAUCACAGGACUUCUUUACAGUCAUUGGCUACAUCUCGGGCAAUCCUGUGGGCAGUCAAAUUAUUUGGGAUUUCUAUAGAAAUGAGUGGGAAUACUUAGUGGAGAGAUUCACGCUGAACAAUAGAUACUUAGGCCAGUUAAUUCGGACUAUAACAAAGUACUUUAGUUCACAAGAAAAACUCGAUGAGAUGAAAGCAUUCUUCGAAAAGUAUCCAGAGGCUGGUGCUGGAACAGCAGCACGCAGUCAGGCACUUGAGACAGUUGAAGGAAAUAUACAGUGGCUUAGUAGCUAUCAUGACACAAUCAAAAUGUGGCUUUCUGUGAAACCAGUUCCAUCUUGAAAAAUAAAUGUUGACAGUCUACGGAGCUUUAAGUGUUAUAGACUUUAUGUCCACCACAUACAACAACUUAAGUAGUUGUUUAACUUUUAUUUAACUAAAAAAAUUCAAAUGAACCUUGUAAAAAAGGAAUGUGAUGUUACCUGCUGCAGAUGAAACACAGUGUGUAAUGUAAA